CAGACAGACAGACAGACAGACAGACAGACAGACAGACAGACAGACAGACAGACAGAGGCAGACAGACAGACUGAUAGAAAGAGAGGGGGAGACAGAGAGAGACAGGCUGAAGUGGGUAGAGAGAGAGUCAGUCAGACAAACAGAAACAGCCAGACGAAGUCAGAGACAGAAAGCAAGAGAGAAUAUAAGUGAAACACUUUAAAUACAUCACUGGUUGUCAAGUUCUAAUUUCGUGACAUGGACGACUUGAGACCAUAUAACUUAACUACCAACAAACAAGCUCAAUCCAUGAUUACAUCGAUGAAACGGUUACAACAGGCAACACAGUUAUCGUUGUUUAUAAUAACAACAAACUAAAGAUACUACGAUACCAGCCAGAAUAUCAUAUAAGAAAUAUUAUCACCCUUAUCGCAAAAGAAAGCGAUUUCUCUGUGCCUUCUCUUCGAAGAAGUAUCUUUCUGUUUUUACAGUCAUAACUCACCUCGAUCGUCGAAAAUGGUUGAAAAUCUGCAUUCCCAUUCACCAGCCAGCAACCAGAGUGCAGACGAUAUUGAUGCCAUAAAUCCGUGUCCAGAUCUAGAUAAAGAGGAGACGAGUCUAUUAUAUCCCAACACGAGAACAUUGCCUCAUUCCAAAUGUACUAAAUGUUUCCCACCAGUGCGUUUCAAUUUAAUGAUAUUAGGCUGGCUGGCUAGUCUACUAGCUUAUUGUCUGCGAUUUGAUCUUAGCAUUGCCCUGGUGUUAAUGGUAAACCAAACAAGUGCACAUAAUAGCCAUGAAUGGAAUAAAUCACACACCAGUUAUUGUACUGGGCGUUUAAAUGACACAUUUACAAAAAAUGCAACAUUGAUGUCUGGCAAUAUUAACUGGACCCCUAACCAACAAGGAAUUAUAACAUCAGCAUUUUUUGUUGGGUAUUUCCUCUCACAAGUUCCUUGGGGCAUCAUCUCACAAAGAAUUGGAGGCAAAUUAACGGUCGGUUGGGGUCUUCUGGCUUGUGCUAUCCUGACGUUUACAUUUCCAUCAGCAUCAAAAUACAGCUUCCCGUUAGCUACUGUAAUUCGGGGAUUAAUGGGUCUUGCGCAAGGAAGUGUAUUUCCAGGGCUCAUUUUAUUACAAGGGAAAUGGGUCCCUGUUAGUGAAAGAUCCAAGUUCAACACUGUGAUUGGUGCAGGAGGGUUAGUGGGUCUCAUCGUGUCUACAUAUAUCACGUCAUUACUUAACAGUAACACUUGGUACGGUGGAUGGGAAACACCAUUCUAUGUUUUUGGAGGUGUUACUUUUUUAUGGUUUAUAUUUUGGCAUUUUUUUAUGUUCAAUGAUCCAAGUGAACAUCCACGAAUCUCAGCUGAAGAAGUAGACUACAUCCAACGUUCUUUGAGGAAUACUAAGUUACAUGAGAAUGAUAUUCCAUGGAAAAAAGUCCUAACUUACAUACCACUUUGGUCAGUAAACAUUAUGCUAUUUUGUAGCAGCUGGCUGUUCUAUUCUAUAGCCUCAUUCUUACCAACAUAUAUGAAAAAUAUCCUUGGUUUGGAUAUCCAUCAGAAUGGUAUAUUCUCCUCCUUACCAUAUGUAGCAGCAUUAUUCAUGUCCAUCGUCAGUGGCAUUCUAGCAGACGUGUUACUCAACAAGGGAGUGAAUAUCACAGUUGUACGCAAGAUUUUUGCUGCUUGUGGUCUUCUUCUUGAGACUUUGGGUAUGCUGGCAGUUGUAUAUUUGGGUUGCAGGAGAAGUUAUGUUGAAAUUAUGUUAAUUGUUGCCUAUGGAUUUGGUUCAUUCUCCGAUGGUGGAACAUCUGUAACAAUUAUUGACAUUGCACCAAAAUAUGCUGGUUUCAUAUAUGGAAUUGCAAACUCUGUUGCUAAUUUAUCAGGUGUGAUGGGGCCUUAUGUUACUGGAGCUAUACUCAAAGAUGAGAGUUCUUUAUACCAAUGGAAAAAGGCAUUUUGGGUUGGUUGUGGAAUGAAUAUAUUAGGUGUAACAACAUUCCUCUGUUUUGGCUCUGCCAAAAAGGCAUCAUGGGCUGAAGAUGUAAAUGAUGUUGCGAUAAAUAGUGAACCAAGUGAUGUACAGAAAAAGAAAGAUUAUGGAGCAAUUGUAACAUGACAAACAUUUUUAUAUAUUUUCAUUAAAAUGCAUUUACUAUUUUUUCA